CAUUGAGUAGGGUUGAUGCUACAUGUAAUGUACAACAGGGGGUAGAAAAAGAUGUGGACAAUCACAAUUGUACCAAGCAACCAAAAAUGACAAAAAAAACGUUGUGGAGAAACAACAAGCAAUCAUGCCACAAGUAAACGCUCUAAAGUUCCAACUAUGAUCACUCAAAUUGCUGCUGAGGGGGUACAGAAGCAUAUGGCCAGGUACAAUAACAACAAGCCUACUGAAAUUGAAGGGGCCAAUGUGGGAACAACUAAACAUGCUAAUGUCAAAAGGGCAGCAUUAGCUUGUGAAAAUGUGGUUGGAAGGGAUGUCUUUCUUAAGAGAAUUGUCCGUCCAUAUAACCGUGUUGCAAGAGCUACUAUUCAAAGUCAAGACCCCUUAGAAAUGGUCGGAGGAACAAUGCUGGGAAGGGAGUGCUACAAAGUAGUGAUAGACAGUCUUAUAUGUGGAGAUGCUGAAUUGUUCCGGCCGCACAGAAAUUUGAACUAUAUUAGAGACGCUAUUGGUCAUUGCAUUGCAUGGCCAUCCCAACUAGUUGAAGAAGUGUCACCUCAGUGCAAUGGGGAAGUGACAAAAACAGGUGCUCGAGUUUCUCUCAAACGGUGAUGAUUGUCGAUCAUGUUCAACUAUAGAAAAUUGGCGAGAACUUCUUAGCAGAGAUAGCUCAAACAUGAGCAGUAAUUAUAUAUCUACACUUUUGAGUAGUUGAUUGUCUCAA